AUGAAUAAUAGUAUCAUAACAUAUAUUCAGCAAAUUUCACAGCAAUACCUCACGGAACCUAUGGAAAUCUUUAGACAAUACAUAAUGUACCCGGCUACGAUCCAACACAAAAAGUUAAUGCACCACCACGUUUCGGUGUGGGAAUCACUUUCAAAUGUGGAAACUUUCUUUUUGGUUUUUUCUAUUUUCUGCUGGGUGGUCAUGAUGGGAUUUUCGAUUCUUGGUCUUUUCGUGGCAAGGAAACGUUAUGCUGCUCCUCGCAAAUCGGUUUCUUCAAAAUACACUGUUAAGAAUGCACCUGGCGUAACGAUCAUACGACCACUAAAAGGUGUCGACUGUAAUCUCUAUAACAAUUUACAGUCGUCUUUUCGCCAGGAUUAUCCAGUUUUCGAGAUUCUACUCUCUGUAGCAAGCGAAAAAGACCCCGCAAUUAAAGUAGUAAAGGAAUUAAUGGAACGCUAUCCUGAAGUUGACGCUAGACUAAUAAUAGCUAAACGUGAUGUAGGCGUCAAUCCAAAGAUUAACAACAUGAUUACCUCCUAUGAGUCAGCGAAAUAUGAUAUAAUCUGGAUUCUCGAUUCAAAUAUCUUCGUCGAACCUGGCUGUCUUGCUCGUUCUGUGGAAAAAUUGUCACUGCCUGGCGUUGGACUAGUUCAUCACCUUCCCUUUGCCGUUCGUCCCGCCACUUUUGGCUCCGAAUUGGAGAUGAUGUUUUUGGAUACAGUCCACGCGAAAAUGUAUCUUGCUAUCAAUCUUCUUGGACCGGACAGUUGCGUCGUCGGUAAAUCUAAUUUAUAUAGAAAGAGCGACAUUGAAUCUAUUGGUGGACUAGCUCAAUUCGGUCAAUACAUAGCUGAGGAUAAUUUACUUGCACGUGCAUUAUGGCGAAAAGGAUUCAAGCAUGAGAUGACUACUGAUCUCGCUUAUCAGCCGCUUGGCUCCAUGGAAACUGCUGAUUACUUUUUGCGACGCUCACGAUGGACUCGUAUCCGAAAGUAUACAGUCACAGCAGCUACAGUUGUCGAACCUCUCACCGAAUCAGUGAUAUGUGGGUUGAUCGCAUCCUAUGGAUUCAGUCUUCUUUGGCAAAUACAUCCUCUCAAUUUCUUUGCUUUCCAUAUCAUAACUUGGUUCAUGCUCGACUUAUCCUUGUUUCAAGCUCUUAGUGGAAAAAAAAUCGAAGUGGAAGAAUUGAGAGGAUUUAUUAUGGCUUGGGCAUUACGCGAAAUCACUGCUCUACCACUCUAUGUUUACUCAGUGAUUGGCAAUACCGUGGAUUGGCGAGACGGAACAUUCCGACUAAUGACAAACUCCACUGUAGUGAAAAUUCAAUUGCCACCGCCUACUAACCGAUCACAUAAACGCAGCCUUUCUUUUCCAUCCUUGAGGUUAUCCACUCGACCGGUUGACUCUCGGAAUUUUUCGCUUAAUCCAUGGGUGGUUGCAUCCAUUACUUCUGUUAUUCUGGUUAUUGAUAUAGUAAUGGACGUUUUAUUCAAAAGUGAAAGAAAUGGAAAAUCCCGUGAAACUGAUUCCAAUUCAUUGUCAUUAAAACCGAUAGACAAGGAAGGUUCGAGACGACGACGAAGAAAGGCUAUGCGUGGUGCUUCAGAUGGUAGUCCAGGAGAUGAAAAAAGCGGUAAUGAAGACAGUAGUGCAGAUGAACGAGAUAUGAAGAAUCGUAGUGAUCCAAUUAUACGAGCUGCCG